GCUCGAGUUCACUCUUCAUCUUGGUCUACUCCUUUUCGAUGCAUGGAAUCAAGCGCACCCGAAUUUCAAAGGAAGCUGAAGAGGCGCGGCGCCUGAAGGAGGUUUCCAAGAUCCAAGCGUACACUGCGCUGCAGGAGGACGUUCUGGCAAUGAAACGGCGCAAAGAAUACACUCUCGAGGCACUCGAGAAGACUAAUAAGCUUCUCGACCUCAACCCCGAGUUCUACACCGUAUGGAACUACCGGCGACACAUUCUCAUACGUGGCCUCUUUCCGUCCUCAUCGGAUGAAGAGGUGGUCGGGCUUUUAGAGGCGGACCUGCGACUUACAAUGGCCUACCUUCGUGUUCAUCCUAAGGUUUACUGGAUUUGGACGCACCGCAAGUGGUGCCUCGAGAACGUGCCCCGCGGCCCAGGUGACAGCGAAGGGUGGCGCAAUGAGUUUUGGAAGAAGGAGAUCGGGCUUGUCGAGAAGCUUCUUGACGCAGAUGCGCGAAAUUUCCAUGCCUGGACUUACCGGCGAUACAUUAGCGAGUCGCUCCCUGUGUCUUUCAGUCCCAAGCGCACGCCUGCCGAUGAGAUCAAGUAUACGACGAAGAAGAUUGAGUCAAACUUUUCCAACUUCUCGGCUUGGCACUCGCGUACCAAGAUCCUCCCAAAGAUUUGGGAGGGGUUAUCGGAACAAGAAGUUGCGACCGAGAAGGACAAGGAGUUUGAGCUCGUCACUCAGGCGCUGUGGACCGAUCCAGGAGACCAGUCGGGAUGGCUGUAUCACCGAUGGCUAGUCGGAACCAACCCAUCAGCUGAGCUGCUCAUGCGCGAGCUCGACUCGAUUAAGGAGCUGCAUGAGGCUGAGCCUGACUCCAAAUGGUGCAUGAACGCUCUCGCGCACUACCAUCUUCUCUCGGCUCGUCUGCCGUCCACACAGGCCGAUGAGGCCGCACAGCACCGUUCAGCGGCUAAGACCAUCCUGGAGCGCCUCGAAGUCAUUGAUGAGGAUAGGAGGGAGCGCUAUCGAGAGCUUGCAAGCCAAUACUGAAACAAAUUCAUAAUGCCAUAAUCGUAUGCACAAGCUACACACUCCACACUCUAGAGACGUCUAGACGUCCUGGGGCACCUCCUUCUGGAACAGGCCACGGCUGAACGCGCCCGCAACAACCGCAAAUGGAUCGUCGGCAUCGUGCACCUCGCCAAGGAACAGGUCGUGACGGUCUGCCAGGCGUGCUUGGUUAUUGCGCAGCUCGCGGACCAUGGCAU